CUCGGAGGCGGGUCCAUGGUGAGAGGCUCUCUGCUGCGGCGCUGGUUCGGAUCAGAUCAGACGUCCUCCUGCUUGGCGUCAGAUGAGAUUCCUCGUUUCCUGACUCGAUACGGGAAUCUUGAAGCGACCAUGGCGUCCGGCCUGCCUGGUGUCGCUGUGUUGGCUCUGUGUGUCGUCCUGUCCCCCUGUGUUUAUGGGGAUCGCUGCAGUGAUAAUAACUGGUGGCUUUCUGAGGAAGAAAAAGAAGAAUGCAAGUACAAAAAUUUCUCUCAUGGUCCAGCGCCCAUGGUCAUUGGCUUCGUGAUCUCCGUCAUCGUUAUGCUGAUCUUCAUCUGCUGCUGUGUCUGUCCCUGCUGCUGUCUGUACAAAAUGUGCCGCAAGCCACGACCUGUGAUAGCUACCACCACCCACACCACAGUGGUCACUGGCACUCCUCACCCGUACCCCCAGCAGCAGGCUGUCAUGCCCGUACCCUCUCAGUCCUACCAGGCGGUCCAGUAUCCAGCCUACCAGCCGGUGCCAGUGCAGCCUGGCUACCCAGCUCAGCCCAUGCCCACAUCACCCUACCAAGGACAACAGUUCACCCCACCACCAACGUAUCAGGAAGCCAGUGACCGGUCCUGCCCACCCCCUCAACCGAUGCCUUACAGCCAGGCUGCGUACGGCCCCGGCCAGCCAGCGUACCCUCCACAGCCUCCCGUCCAGCCACAGCCCAACGCUCCACCCGCUUACCCAGACUUCCUCGCCCAGCCUGCGUACAACCCCGAAUAUGUUGCACCGCCACCCAAGACCGGAUAGUGGAGCUCAGCGCCGCGCUCUCGGCCUCAAACGUGCUGCGACAUUUUCCAACUUGGCAGAACUGGAAAUCUGAAUGAAGAUGAGAAAUUCCAGAGCACCUCGAUUGUGUGUUUUGUUGGUUAAAUAUGGGAAUGUUGUUACAGUAAUGGUGUGACUGUUCUGUUGAACAGUUGCCAAGUGAAAAUGUUGACACCUUUUGGCUCGUAUUGCAUGGACUUACAGUAUAAGUAGUGAGAUUGUCUUUUUUUUUUUUUAAACAGUUCCUUAUUGGCUCCAUCUUAGUCGUCUUGGCAAAAUUAAACAUGAAACCACUGAGUCUGAUUUUAAAGAGUAGAUGAAGUCCUUGGUCAUUUCUCGGCCUUGUGCCCUCCUGCCUUUACUCUCCUCCGGCCAAACCUGCCUGACCUCUUAAUCGGCCUACAGUGACUGCGGUCGCAUUCAGCGGUCAGAUUGUGGAGAGCGUAUUCUGAUGUCUGUGGCCAUCAUCUCAUUGCUGUAUGACAGUUUAUAGCAGACUGAAAAAGUGCUUUGAACCCUUUUCUUACUUCUUCUUAUGUUCUUCCUCUCUGCCGCAAAAAGUGUGUUCCGCUUCAUAAGUCCUGUAAAUGUUACUUGGGAACAAAUCAAGUCCAAAGCGUGCAAAACUUGUGACUGGAGGAUGUAUGCUGGAAAAGAUUUCUGUCGUUGUCAGCUGACUGCUGGCGUUCAGAUUGUUAGAGUGGAUAGGGAGUGUUUAGGAAGCUGAGUGCUUUUCACUGUGCUAACUUAUGCUUGCUCAUGACUUCUCUCCUGUGACAUGGAAAUCGUUCCCUCUUCGCUGUCUUAGAAUAUUUUCCAAUUCCUUAAAUGCACCUAAAAAAAGGAGGCUUCUGGAGAAACUAAGCCACAAGAAGGAGAGGCGAUGAGACACGUUGACAUAAUGAAAAGCACCCAGGGUCCUUAUUUAGCCCACCAGCAAAAGGGAAAAUUCAUGACAAUUCAACAAAAUACUAUGGUUUACUGUUUUGUGUUCAUGCACACAGAAGACUUUGCAUGAAGUUUUUUUUUUCCUCCUCAGGUUGUUUUCAUCUGCCCAUCUUACUUUUGUACAUGUAUCUAACUGAGCUGAAACACAGCGGCAGCUUCAGAUUUAUUAACCAAAGGAGAUUAUUUUCUUUUCAAUCAGCCAAACAUCCACAGACGGCAAACAGAAAAAGUCUCAUGUUAUACAUAACAAAUGCAAGAAACAAUUGUGCCUUCUUAGCCACCUUACUUUUUACCAAGCAAAAGUGUGCAUGUCAUUUAGAACACUUCUUUUCUAUUUAUUCUUGAGUGAUCUGUUUCACGAAGCCAUCCACAUUACCUUUUUGCUUGUUAUUUGUGCUGUUUUGUAAAAGCAGCCAUUAAACAUUGUAGCCUUUCAACUUUUGUUCCUUUUUUUUACAACACAUGCUGCAUGUUGUGAAGCUUUAAUUUUCUUACCUUCAGUGCUGUUAAAUUAUACAUUUUUUGUCUUGUAUUGUGCCACUCGUGUUUUCCUUCCAAAAAGCCAUCACUUCUGCUUUCUGCUGACUGAAUUACUUGAAACUAGUUUUACAAAAGUGACCUUUUUUCUUGCGAAGUACAGCUGAAAUACAUUCAUAAGUCGUGUGACGAGCCUGGCAUUAGUCCGUUGAGCCACCAUUUUGGAAGUCCCUGACUUUUCUUUGUUUAGGCUGUGGUUGCGGGCAAAGAACUUAGUAGCAACCGUAUUCCAUUUAGUUGUUUUCACAUGUUUGCCAGGACCUAUUUUACCUUUAGAUGUUCUAGACACCACAUGCCAGCUCAUGAACAGGGGCCUAAUGUCACCUUUGUUUGUAAUGUUCUUACAUAGACUGACUAAUCCAUUUGUUUGUCGUAGCAUACGUUGUUGUAGGCCUUGCUUUCUGACUGAAAACUGUCUUUCAUGUUGCCUUGUGCUUGUGAGUUCAGUCCUUUGGCCAGUGUUGAUUCUUUAAGGUGACUUUAAUUGGAGUGUUUUUAUUUGUGUGAGUGUGUGGAUUACAGAUUACAGUCAUAUACAGGAUGUUCUUUGGGAAAAAACAUAGUGGCAGAGAUUUGUUCUUGCACCCUUUCUGUUUUUUAUUCAAGAACAAUUGUCAUUGAUGCUUCUUUGAGAAUAUAUGUAUAUAUAGUAGGGGUGUCACGAUAUGCCGACAUUAAAGAUUGAUAUCGUGUUAAUUAAACAGUGAGAUCAACUAUCUGGUUGACACUCCGACAUUGGAACAACCUAGAGUCACAUUUGCUGACUCUCCACCUCCCUACACUCAGAUUUUGAGUGUAAAUAAUUUGACAAAAAUGAGGCAAAACAGACGGUUCAACAAGCUCUUUUGAUUGACGGCAUUAAUGUUCAGAUUUCUUCCAGACAUUGCCAUAAUGUCAUUUGUUGUGAUAAAAUUUUGGUUGAGGAUAGUCGUGUCUUGAUAAUCUGAUAUCGUGACAGCCCUAGUAUACAACUUUCAUUUUGUGAAAAAAAAGUUCAAUAAAGUGUAUAUUUUCUGUUUUCCACAA